UCAGUUGGUGCCACACGCUCUUGGAGAGCGCUCUGUUUGUUCCGUUCAGCGAUUAGCGAUAGUUUUGUUCGAGCCGGUUGUGUUAACUUGGCUAGCUUCGGGUUUAUUGUGACACUUUCCCCAAAUCGAUCGUUUGCGAAGCGUGCAUAGCGGAACAUACAUACAUAGAUAACCAGCGUGUCUGGGUGUUCAUGAAAAAGAGUGCGUGAUAUGGGAUUCGAUAUGGCAACACGCUUUAUGGAUAUACUAAAGCUGACCUUUAAGGUAAUAAGCUUCAAGUACGAGCAGCGCAAAUUGUCAACAGCAAUAUAUUCCGUCAUAAAGACGAAAUCAGGUCCUGUGCGGGGAGUGAAGAGAAACACAAUCUGGGGAGGAAGCUACUUCAGUUUCGAGAAGAUACCCUUCGCAAAGCCUCCGGUGGGAGAUCUGCGCUUCAAGGCCCCGGAAGCAGUGGAGCCAUGGGAUCAGGAAUUGGAUUGCACUUCGCCGGCAGACAAGCCCCUUCAGACACACAUGUUUUUCAGAAAAUACGCGGGCUCAGAGGACUGCCUCUACUUAAAUGUGUAUGUCAAAGAUCUGCAGCCGGAUAAACUGCGUCCCGUGAUGGUUUGGAUCUACGGAGGAGGCUAUCAAGUUGGCGAAGCUUCUCGGGAUAUGUACAGUCCCGACUUUUUCAUGUCGAAGGAUGUGGUCAUAGUCACCGUUGCUUAUCGACUGGGUGCCUUGGGCUUCCUCAGCCUGGAUGAUCCCCAACUAAACGUUCCCGGAAAUGCAGGUCUCAAGGAUCAAAUCAUGGCCCUGCGAUGGGUGCAACAAAACAUCGAAGCAUUCGGCGGUGAUUCCAACAAUAUUACACUCUUUGGCGAAAGUGCCGGCGGAGCCUCGACCCACUUCCUUGCACUAAGUCCCCAAACUGAAGGUCUUAUCCACAAAGCUAUCGUUAUGUCGGGCAGUGUUUUGUGCCCCUGGACGCAACCACCGAGAAAUAAUUGGGCUUAUAGGCUGGCCCAAAAAUUGGGAUACACCGGUGACAAUAAGGACAAGGCGAUCUUUGAGUUUCUGCGAUCAAUGAGUGGCGGGGAGAUUGUCAAGGCCACCGCAACAGUUCUCAGCAACGAUGAAAAGCAUCAUCGGAUCCUUUUCGCCUUCGGACCUGUCGUAGAACCAUAUACUACCGAGCACACUGUGGUCGCUAAACAACCGCAUGAACUGAUGCAGAAUAGCUGGAGUCACAGGAUACCCAUGAUGUUUGGAGGCACGAGCUUCGAGGGAUUGCUAUUCUAUCCAGAGGUUUCAAGGCGGCCAGCAACCCUCGAUGAGGUGGGUAACUGCAAGAAUCUGCUACCGAGCGAUCUCGGUCUUAACCUAGAUCCCAAACUGCGUGAGAACUACGGCUUGCAACUGAAGAAGGCGUAUUUCGGCGACGAACCCUGUAACCAGGCAAACAUGAUGAAGUUUCUCGAGCUAUGCUCAUAUCGAGAGUUCUGGCACCCUAUAUACAGGGCAGCUUUGAACCGUGUCCGGCAAUCCAGCGCACCCACGUAUCUGUAUCGAUUCGAUCACGAUUCCAAACUGUGCAACGCCAUUAGGAUUGUACUUUGCGGCCAUCAGAUGCGAGGUGUUUGUCAUGGUGACGAUCUGUGCUAUAUUUUCCACAGCAUGUUGUCGCAUCAAUCCGCUCCCGAUUCUCCGGAACACAAGGUUAUAACCGGAAUGGUCGACGUUUGGACGAGUUUCGCAGCCCACGGAGAUCCCAACUGCGAAAGUAUAAAAUCACUCAAGUUUGCACCCAUCGAAAACGUAACCAACUUUAAGUGUCUCAAUAUUGGGGAUCAGUUUGAAGUCAUGGCGCUUCCAGAAUUGCAGAAAAUCGAACCUGUGUGGAAUAGUUUCUACGCCCCAAACAAACUGUAGAUGCAGUGCAUCAUUAAUAUGGUUAUAUAGCUUUAGCUGUCUCAAUUCCAUGGAUUUGGAUAAUCGUAAUUAGUGUAAAUACGUUGUACAUAUGUUAUGCGGUUAAUGUAGGAUUGAGUAUGUUGAUUAAUUUAAAAAUAUGCAGUUUUUAAUGAUUUGCAAUAAUUAUCGUAAUUUAAACAAUUGUUUAAAUGGUAUUUGUCUUCUGCCUAACGAUUUUAUAAUAAUAAAUUCAUCGUAUAAAAUU